UUAUUGUUCUAUUUUGUUCUGUUCUCUGUAUAAUUAGGGUGUAUUGUACUAGUCCAGUCAUAUCAUGUGAAAUUUAAUAGUUUCUUCCGUGAAUUGUGAAAUAUUGUGACGUAUCUUUACUAUAGAGUGUGUAAGAAUAUAAAUGGUUUCUUUAUUGACUAAAGUUCGGUAUUGUAAGUAAGGAAUAGUUCAAAUCUUGCGUUAUUGUUCUAUGUUGUCUCAGUAACCAAAAAUCCUUUCCGUUGCACAUACUCGGUCCUGUCAAGAUUGAACAUGUCAGUUACCUUGAAUGUAGAUGAAAAAUCUGAGACAAAUGGCUUAAAAAGAGACUCUUCCGAGAAAACUAGUGAGCUACAUGGUGAAGACUCUGCUAAAAAAGCCUUAUACGAAAAGCAGGACAGGAUAAAGAAAAGAAAAAUCGCUAUGAUGAUUUCUUAUUUAGGACAGGGAUAUUUGGGAUUACAGAGAAAUCCUGGCACAAAAACAAUAGAAGAGGACCUAUUGGUAGCUAUGCUGAAGGCUGGCUAUAUCAGUGAUGACGUGUUCAACCAGCCUCAACUGAUACAGUUCCAGAGAGCUGCCAGGACAGAUAAAGGAGUAUCAGCUCUUCGUCAGAUUCUCUCAAUGAAACUGCCGGAGAAUGCGGAUGUGGAAGUGAUCAACCAACACUUACCUGAGCAAAUACGAGCAAUGGCGAUGAUGCGAGUGACCAAAGGUUUCAACUGCAAGAGUAACUGCGAUGCCCGCACUUAUUCGUACAUGAUGCCCACCUUUGCCUUCGCCCUGCAUGGCACCGAUGCUAACGAGACAUUCAGGCUCUCACCUGAAACUCGUCAGCGUGUUGGUGAAGUCCUCAAGAUGUUUGAGGGGACUCACAAUUUUCAUAAUUUUACUUCUAAAAAGUUAGCAACAGAUCCUAGCGUCAGCAGGUAUAUCAUCAGUUUUACGUGCGAAGAUCCAUUUGUUAUAGACGACUUAGAAUUCGUUAUACUUAAAGUCAAAGGUCAGAGCUUCAUGCUGCACCAGAUCCGAAAGAUGGUAGGUUUGAUGAUCGCCAUCGUGCGUGGACUCACCACCAGUGACACACUUACCCGUUCAUGGGACCGUGAGAAGCUGGACAUCCCCAUAGCCCCAGGACUGGGUCUGUUGCUGGAGGAGGUUCAUUACAACAGGUACAACUUCAGGUACGGCAAUGAUGGAGUGCACGAUCUGAUAGACUGGAGUCGAUGGGAUGAUCAAGUUGAGCAGUUCAGACGGAAGUUCAUUCUCCCCACUGUUGUAGAAACAGAGAAAAGUGAAAAAUCUAUGCUGACUUGGCUGGACUCUCUCAAUCUCCACAGCUUUGACGUAAGGACUGAACACAUCCAGUCAGAGCUGGAUCAGGCUUUGAGGAAGAGCAAAGGGAUCCUGUGUCCACCAGUCCUCGAAGACCCGCUCAUACCCACCACACUCCCCAUGGAGACAGCAAGAUGAUUCUCUACUGUUUCUCAUCAUAAGAGUAUCAAGGGCUGAGCAACUCAUAACUGUGAUGAUUAUUGUAUAUGUUGACAUAAAAAUGCUUAAGCCAUAGCUUAAGCUAUGGAUUUAGAAUGCAGGAUAUAAUCUUCAACAAAGAAUUCUAUCAGUUGUAUUUCUCAUAAAUGUGCAUCAUUUGAUUAUAUGUGAAGAGUCAACAUCAAUGAUUAAAAGUAGGUGAAAAAUUAUCAUAGUUAAAAAUUGCAAGUAAGAUAACUUAUAUUUUUUUAUUGCUAAAUUAUUAAUAGCUUUUUCAAGGCUGGUUUCAACGAUACAAUUAAAGAACACAAAAACGCAUAAACUUGUGUAUCAAAACUCCGCAAUGGUUUCAUAGAAAUAAUAGAAUAACUUUAAGUCAUGUAUUUGUAUUCUUUUUUUAAUUUUUGUCAAUAUCGUUAUAUAAAUUUGACAUAACUAGGUGUAGAUUUUUAUUAAUAAUAGUUCCAGCAAUAUAAAUUUGUAAUAUUAAAGUCCUUUUAGCUGGAGUUUUUAGAUAAUACACAUGAACUUGUCAACUUUGGGCACUCUUUUUGUUUGUCAAGUGUAUUAUAAUAUAGUGUGCAAUUAAGGUAAUGUUUUUAAUUUAUUAUGAUAUACUGUAUUUAACCUAUUUAUUUUCAUAAAAAAUGUGUAUGUAAUUUUAAUUUUAAGUAUGGUUGAGUCUAUUCGGUUUGCAUAUUGCACGUAACAUUAAAUAAAAAUGUCUAUUCUGAUUCUUGUUUCACAGCUUACACAAUGGUCAUUACUUAAAACUUUUUUGGUUGUGGUUAACAUUACAUGAAUAUGAGAUGUUAGAAUUUUACAUUUUUAGCUACAAAACUUAUAAUUUAAGUUUCAUAUUUGUCAUAGGUAAAAUUUAAGAAAAGCAUUGUAGAACCUACUUUUAUUUAAUUAAUAAUGUACCAGAAAGCACAGGUAAACAUAGAUGAUCCAGACUGACUGAAAACACAUUGUCUAGUUGUGCUCUAAUUUCUCUCUGUCUCUCUCUAUUGUGUUGGAAAGUUAGAAUAUCAUGUCAUUGUGAGAGUUUGUUAUUGUCUUGUUUGUGUAUUAUAAUAGUUAAUUAUAUUAUAAAACUAUAUAUUUUGUAUAACACAGACACAAUUUUUAUGAUACAAAAUAUUAUAAAUUUGACAGCUAAUUAAUGUUAUAUGUACUACUAAUAUCUAAACAAUACCACAUAAAAAUGCCUUGUUUUUCAUCCAAAUGAACCAAAUGCCUUCAUAAAAAAGUACAUGUUAUUCAUUUUGUAUAAAGGAGAAAUUUUUCUCAAUACUAAUUCGAUUUUAGAUUACUCUUAACAAUUUGUAUGACAAUUAUUGUAUUUUUUGAAUGGCUGCUACUUUACUGUUAAAAUGUGUACAACACUCAAAAAUUAAAUCCAUUUGAACUAUGGUGUGUAAAAUAUAAUAUUGUAUGUGAUAGUGGCUCAGUCUGUAACUAAUUUAUUAGAAAUUAAAUCUUUUUUACAAA